AUGUACCAGCCAUUCUACAGGAUCUACUGUUUAUUCGCAGAGCUGGGAGAACAUUAUGGUAAGGGGAACACUGGCGAAUCUAUGUGUGGAUCAACUCACGACCCAAAGCACCUGACCUAUGAGUCCAAUGUUGGAACAUCCAAGAACAUCGUCGUUGCCGACAAACAAGCAAUGCGUUACUUGAAAGCUUAUGCGUGGUUCAUGGAGGGCAUCGUCCCGUCUCCUCUGGGAAAGUUCCGACUAGGUGCUGCAAGCGUCACCGAAGUCUUUCCGUUUCUCGGACCUGUAGUGGUCUUUUUGACAAGCAUGACUGUGUAUUGCCGUACGAUAAGUAAUGUUUCAGCUCCCUUCUGGGUCUGCAAAGAGAUGCUUUUCCCUCUCUUAUGGAGUAUAUUCUUCUCAUUCUUCUUCCCUGAGGUUGGUGAUAUCGCCGCAAGCAGUAUCUCCCCCAGCAGACGAGCAGCUCGCAAACUCAAAUACUUUCUCAAGCUUCGUGGCCUUCUCGCUAAAGAUCAGAAGUAUGACGAUGGGCUCUACAUAUCCACCAGGCUUUCAGACGUUUUUCCGGAGCUACCCGGCGAUGGGGAGGAGGAGCACGAGUGGGCGUAUCCUGAAAAGCUAAGGGAAGAGCUUUAUGGUGGGAAGGACUUUCUGCAUUUGGUCGGUAGAAGGAAUGGGGAAGAUAAAGUCUGA